AUGGCUGUACGAGAGCUUUUAUUCGAUUUCUUACAUGGUUCCGGGGUGUUUACCGUCCUCAAGUCGUCCCGUGAUGUCAAAUAUCUUUUUGCCCAGCGCUUCUUUCGUCUCUUUGCCUAUGGAGCAACUUUUCUGAUCCUUGUACAGUUCCUCACAAGCAUCGGAGUAUCAGACAGACUGGCUGGACUCUUCAUGACGCUGACUAUGCUGGGCGAUGCUGUGAUCAGCUUUGUAUUAGUCCUAAUUACCGACCAAGUUGGGAGGCGAAAAGUUCUUGCUCUAGGCGCCAUCCUGAUGACAACGAGUGGUGUGGUGUUCUCAUUCAGCAGCAUAUACUGGUUACUCCUCCUCGCGGGUGUCGUUGGAGUCAUCAGUCCAAGUGGUAAUGAGAUCGGCCCCUUCCGCGCGGUCGAAGAGUCAAUCCUUUCUCAGCUUACUGAGAAAGAUGAUCGCAGUGAUAUUUUCGCAUGGUAUACCAUGUGUGGCACCGCCGGCGCUGCCCUAGGAACUAUCACGAGCGGUUGGAUUGUCCAGAUUGGGUCGAGUAAGGUCACAGGAAAUGAAGUCAAAGCAUAUCGCAUCGUCUUCGUCCUCUACACUGCGCUUGGAGUUGUUAAGCUUGUUCUUACGCUGGCGCUCAGUCCCAGCAUUGAGCUUCCCGAUCGGAGUCACGCAUAUCAAGAAGUCAUUGAACUGGAGAAUGAGGAUUUACUUUCCCACACGUCAUCUCCACGAACCUCCACGGAAGAAACGCCCUCAAGUGUCGCAGAACCAGACCUGGUGGAAGCACAGCAGACGCUCACCUCACCCAAGUACACACCCGUUCGGCGACUUCGCGCAUUGCUUCCCCAAAUAUCUCAGAAAUCGCUCCUCAUACUAUUCCGCCUUAUCUUCCUCUUCGCAUUAGACUCGUUUGCAUCAGGCAUGGCAUCACCAUCCUGGCUUACUUACUUUUUCACUACAUUCCACGGUAUUGAGCCUGCCACUCUAGGUGCUCUGUUCUUUACGACCAAUAUCCUCGCUACACUAUCCAAUUUUGCCGCUCUCCCUCUCGCCCGGCGCCUCGGUCCCUUGAAGACGAUGACAUUCACACACCUCCCGUCUGCAAUAUUCCUCGCACUCAUACCAAUUCCCAAAGCUGGAGGAUGGGGCACGCUAAUUGCUAUGGCUCUUCUGAGCCUCAGGGCGUGUACGCAAAGCAUGGAUCAAGCACCUAGACAGGCAUUCUUAGCAGCUGUUACGAAAGCAGAGGAAAGGACUGCGAUCCUUGGUGUUGUGAACAUCGUAAAGACAAUUGCACAGGCCGGUGGCUUAGGUAGCUCAGGAGAGCUGGCGGCGAGGAAGUCGUGGCGUAUCAUGCUGGGAAGUGCUGGUCUAAUGAAGGCGGUGUACGACUUGUUAAUCCUGUGGACAUUUCUGGGUGUACCAGACAGAGAAGAUGAGCAGAGGUAG